ACUCAUCACCCUCUGUUCAAGGUCAUAUGACGUGACGUGUCAAUGCAUAUGUUUAAUUCUCGUCUUCUCAACCCUAAAUUCCAAGCUCUCAUUCAUGUUUUGUGUUUCCACUAUUUUAGAUUUCCAGCCACUUCCACCACCACCCACCUCUGGCGGUGAUUACGAUUACGAGCCUCACCUAUCGCCACCGGCGCUUCCGCCUGUGCCUGCUGCUGCUGGUGAUAGCGAUCCUCUCUCCGGCGAGUCCGUUCCCACGUCGCCGGCGGUGAUUGGGAAGCGGCAUCAUGGAUCUCCAGAAGCUCCGGUGAAGGACAACGGCGGCGUGUGGUGGUGUUCGGUGAGGGAGGAAGUGGAGGAGUGUAGAUUCUUUGUGAGUGUGAUUAACCAACUAACGGGCUACUCAUGGAAAUGUGUCCAAAGAGAAAAAGCCCAAGAGUGCAUGGUUUCGAUUCAGAAAGGAGAAGCAGAUUUGGUGAACUUAGAAGCAGGGCUUGCUUAUACUGCAUUCAUCAACCACUCAAUGAAAGCCAUAGCCAGUGAGAUGUACUGUGACCAUUCAAAAACCUAUGAAGCAGUUGCAGUGGUAAACAGAAGGGCAUGUGAGAGCAAAGAAAAGAUCAGUUUAAUGGAUUUCAAAGACCACAAGUCUUGUCAUGGAGGUUACUCCACAGCAGUUGGAUGGAACUACCCCAUCAAUUACAUUAAAAAUUUAAUUAACAGUGCAGAACAAGAUGGCAGGAAAAUUGCAACUAAUUUUUUCUCUGCUAUCUGUGCUCCAUCAGAGGUUGAAGGUCUUGAUAUAUGCAGUGCAUGCAGCAAAGAGAAUGAAACCUGCUCUGAAAGGGGUAAAUACUCUGGUCAUUCAGGAGCUUUUAGGUGCCUAGUAGAGGAAUUGGGAGACAUUGCUUUUGUCAAGAGUGAUACUGUAUUGCUCUAUUCAAUGGAGGGGCCUCAUACCCAAUCAUGGUCAACAAAGUCUGUUAGGGACUUCAUGUAUCUUUGUCCGCAAGGAGGGUGCAGAGAAAUCAAUGACUAUCCUGGAGAUUGUUCAUUUGGAGCCGUUCCUGCAGAUGUGAUAAUGGCUCAUAACUCGAUGCCCAACAAGAAGAGAGAGCAUAUUUUGGAAACAUUAACGAAUACUAGUUUGGCGGAUGCUCUUCAUGCCCCCAACAAUGUUCGCGGCCACUUAUUUAGUGCAAGUACCCAAGGACUAGCCAUGAUUGAAAAGAUCACAAGGCUAUAUCUGGGGAAAUCAGCUUCAAUCUCACAGAGCAUACAAAAAUUGAAUUCCCCAGAAACCGGAGCCAACUCAUAUGAAGCAGAUAACGGUUCUGAAGAAUCUUCUUCAUCUUCUUACAUUUGCUGUUCACAAGUAAUGACUAUGCUCGUACUCCUGAUGUCACUGCUGAUACUUGGAAUACUCACUCCAAAAUAGAACAAAAAUUGGUAUUAUUCUAUUCAUAUGCAUUACAAAUUACUGCAGGUACUAUUUUUUUUUUUUGUGGUAACAUUGAAAAAAAACUAGCAUGACGAGCUCCGAAAAAACAAAAAAGACAUGGUUUUAUAUUUAAUUCCUUUACUGUAUCUGUAGGUUUCAAUAACGAAAAGUAGUACUGUUCACUGAAUUCUUACCUUGAUAUUGGAAUUGAGAAAAUUUGCCAAUUUCAAAUGAAAACUAUUAACUUUUUCCCAUUUAAGUUUAUCACCUUGUUCAUCGCCAACCCAUAUGUACAGAUAUUUGAAAGCAUACUGUGGUCUGAAAACCUCAGAAUCAAUCUAAACCAGUUUUUUACAGUUUAAUCAAUCUAAUGAAGCUUUAUACACGAGGUACAUAGCAAUAUAUACAUAUAUACGAAAAGUAUGAGUAAGAGGAAUGUCACCAGUGCUCCAUAAUUGAGAAAAAUGCCCAGGUCCUACAGACAAUGUCAGACAUGAGCAUUGAAUUAAUAGGACUAUAUAAAUC